AUGUUCCCUGGCCGUGAGAUAACCCCAGAAGCCUACUUCCAGCGCACGAACCGACCCCGGAAGAAUCUACAGCCCCGCCAGCUUACACCACCACCAGGACUAGAAAACGACCCCUACAUGUGGCAAGUGUGGGAUCGCGGCCGUAAAAGGCAGCAAGACAAGACUGAUCGUGUGCUGGGCAAAGACAGCAUACAUAGAUCAGAUAGUGGCAAUGCUAGUUGGUAUGAUGGGUUUCAGAAGAUGAAGAAGGAGGUGGAAGCAAAGUUGGCGAAGGAGGAGAAGAAGGCUGAGAAGAAGGCUAGGAAGAAGAGAGAGAAAGAGGAGAAGGAAGAGCGGAUACGCAAGGAGAAUAGGGAGAAAGAAGAGCGGAUACGCAGAGAGAAUGAGGUGAGGGAGGCUUUGAGGAAAAAGGGUGAUUUCGCAGACAUACUACGAGACCUAAUCAUAACAACGGAUGGCCAAGCCGAGGAGCCAUACUCCUAUCACGAAUGGGGCUACACCAUCUACCGCACAUGCUACACGCCAGAAUCUCAAUCGCAAUGGGAAUCUCUAAUCGAAUCCAUCCAGCUAGGGGUCGAAAAAUCCCUCCCUGGGUCGCAAAACGAUGAGCCACCGACAACAUCUCAACUCCUACGCUCCCUCCUACGUCUAGACUUCCGCUCCGAUGCUUCCCUGUACGACGGUCUUAGUAUCGAACAGCUUCGCCAGGCCUAUCUCAAUUCACCAGAAGAUUCCGUGCCGCCACCGAACUUCUACAGGAGCGACCGUGUCUUCCUUGUCGCUGACGCGGAGGUUUUGCUGGAUCCUUACUUUCUGCCGGAAGAGAACGAGACGCCAAAAGUACCCGUUGACAAUAACCCAAGCGACGACGCAACUUCCCAAAGUGUGCAGAAAUGGCAAUAUCAAUACCACGGCUACAGCAAAACCUCUGGUACCAAGCGAAGAUGGCUCAAGUGUGUCGAGGUGGACUGCGUUGCUGCGGAUCAUCAUCCAAGGAGAAGAGGUCAGGGCCUCGGGGACCGUUACUUUGGCUGGUUCAUGGUGACGGCGGAAAGUGUGGUGGAGCUGUGGGAGGUUUUGCUUGAUCAGGAUGUCGAGGAGAUUAAACCUAGAUUGGUUGAUGUGAUGAUUUGGGGAGGGUAUUGA